AUGGAGGCACUUACAAGUGAAACCGGUGCCUUUGGAGCAGCUGGAACCUUGGAUGACGUUGUCACGUACAUCCACUUGGCGACCGUUGUUUCUGCCAGCGAAUACAAGGGUGCAAGUCUACGCUGGUGGAACGCAGCGUGGUCUUUAGCUCGUGAGCUGAAGCUCGGCAAGGAGCUGCCGCCAUCCAUGAGCUCACCGGAAGGAGAUGACGACAUUGACGGCAACCCCGAAGAUGAGAUGGGCAAUAACGUGCCUGGCGUCAUUACUGAGGAAGAACGUGAGGAGCGCCGUCGUGCCUGGUGGCUCGUCUACAUCGUUGAUCGCCACCUCGCUCUCUGCUACAACCGUCCUUUGUUCCUUCUCGAUAUCGAAUGUGACGGUUUGUUGCAGCCUCUGGAUGAUACUGCUUACCAGAAUGGCGAAUUUCAUCCGUACCCCACUACCGAUCCGAACGUACUCGCAUCGGACCCCUCAGGCGUCCAGCAUUCAAACCGCGUGCGUGGUCCAACAUUUGAAUGCAGCGGUCACAGCAUAUUUGGCUAUUUCCUACCUUUAAUGACGAUUCUGGGUGAAAUUGUCGAUUUACACCAUGCCCGCAAUCAUCCGCGAUUUGGCGUCGGAUUUCGCUCUGCUCGUGAGUGGGAUGAUCAAGCCACCGAAAUUUGCCGACAUUUAGAAGCCUAUGAGCGAAGCUUGAAGCGCUUCGAGCAGAUGAAUAUGAGCACAAAUGCUCAAGGUGGUAUGGAUGAUAAAAAUGACGGUGCGUCUGGUUUGGGGAAUGAUGGGCUUGGUGGUCCUAAUGACAUUGGGACACCCUCCGUGCACUCCGUCCAUAGCGUGCAUACGAGCGCUAGUAGAAUGACGGAGUCUGAUAUCCAGACUCGUAUUGUCAUGGCAUAUGGUACUCAUGUCAUGCAUGUUCUACACAUUCUUCUCACCGGAAAAUGGGAUCCUAUCAACCUCCUUGACGACAAUGACCUGUGGAUCAGCUCUCAAGGUUUCAUCACAGCAACCGGCCACGCCGUGUCUGCUGCAGAGGCCAUAAGUCACAUUCUGGAGUUCGACCCUGGCCUAGAGUUCAUGCCUUUCUUUUUCGGCAUUUACCUUCUCCAGGGCUCCUUCCUCCUACUCUUGAUUGCAGACAAGCUGCAAUUUGAAGCUUCGCCUAGUGUCGUGAAAGCUUGCGAAACUAUCAUUCGGGCUCAUGAAGCAUGUGUUGUCACUCUUAAUACUGAAUAUCAGCGCAACUUCAGCAGAGUCAUGCGAAGUGCUCUUGCCCAGGUCCGUGGCCGUGUGCCAGAGGACCUCGGCGAGCAGCAUCAACGACGUAGGGAGCUUCUGGCCUUAUACCGUUGGACCGGUGAUGGCACCGGUCUUGCCCUCUAG